AUCAAGAAAGGACAGAUCCUUGAUAUGCCUCAGGAUGAGAAGGAUCCAGGGAUGGCCUUUCCGUACCCAAUCCCAAAAGAUGGGGAAGGAAGUACAGAAUGGACUAUGGGAGAACCCUUUGAGUCUCUGGAGAAGCUGCAGGGCCUCUCUGAAGGGGAAAAAGGGGAGAAGGCGUUGUUGCGUUCACGCAUCCAUGAGCAGUCUCAACUGAUCUGUAUCCUGAAGAAGCGAGCAGAUGAUCAUCUCUUGCGUUGCAAGGCCCUGGAGCAGCUCAAUGUGGAGCUAGAGGAGAUGAGGAUGGCAGAUGCUCUAAGACUAGAGACUCAGACACGGCGUAUCCAGCAGCUAGAAGAGCGCUUCAUGGACCUGGCGGCCAACCAUGAGGAUAUGAUCCAUUUCAAGGAUGAGCACAAGCGGCAGAACAUGCAGCUGAGAGAAGAGAACCAGCAACUGCGUCUUGAGAACCAAAGUCUCUUCAGUCGGCCUUUGAAAGAGAAAGAAGCAGAGCUGGCUCAGCUUGCGGUACAGUUUAAGAAACUUUCCAAGGAAAUGGUCGCCUUGAAGGAACGUUGCAAACAAGAUAGCCAUCGUGCUCAAGAGCGGGAGAAGGAGCUUCUGGAAGCCCAAAGCAAGCAAGCCAAAGCUCACGCUGAGGAGACAAAAGCACUGAGAAGCCAACUGGAUAUCCUGCAAGAAAAAUGCUCCCAUGUUACUGAGCAACUGGAAGAAGCACAGAAGCAGCUGAAAGAAGCAGACGGCAGCCUGCAAGCCAAGCUUGAGAAGCUGACCAAGGAGAAAGAAGAGUUGCUCAACCUGGCCAUGGAUCGAGGCAAAGCCCUGCAGGAAAGGCAGUGGGAGAUAGUGCAGCUAGAGAAGAAGGCAGAAGAUAUGGAGAAAGCCAAACAGGCUGCUGAGCUGCGCUUUGAAACAGAGGCUGCUGCCGUGGACAGUAACCUCCGGGUUCGGGACCUCCAACGGCGGAUGCACGGAGCAGAGCUAGCAUACACAGAGCUCCAGAUGCAUUUCGAAGCUUACAAGAAGCACAGCAUGGAGUUGCUUACUAAAGAGAAAGAAUUAAAUGCCAAACUGCGCCAUUUUAUGGCGUAAUGUGUUUUUUCCAUCUACUGAGCUUUGGGGUUAGCAGAAAUGUUUAACAGCCUUCAAAAGAAGAAAAUAAAAUGGUUUACUAGAUACAGUAAUUUUUAAUUGCAACUACCAAUUCCCACAUCCUGUGUUCUGUGUUAUAAAGGCAG